CAGUGUCAUUCAACUCAUUAACCAACCAACAAUGGCUUCUACUUCAUCUUCUUCGCUCGCACUCUGCUUCUGUCUCUUCCUCUCUCUCUUGUCUCUCUCCACCUCUUCCCUAGACUUCGAUCUUCCAUCUCUCCGUGGCGAUGACAUCCACGAUCUUCUCGAACGCUUCGGGUUCCCGAAAGGUCUUCUUCCGGAUAACGUCAAGUCGUACACUGUCUCCGAAGACGACGGCGCUUUCACCGUUUACCUGACUUCUCCUUGCUACGUCGAGUUCGGCGAUCAACACGUUUUCUUCGGCAAGAAAAUCGUCGGUAAAUUCGGUUACGGAGUUGCUAAAAACCUCAAUGGAAUCCAAGCUAAAGAGGGUUUGCUUUGGUUACCUGUCACCGCCAUGACAUCUGAUCAAACCGCCUCCACGGUUGUGUUCUCCGUCGGAUUCCUUACCAAGUCUUUACCUGCUUCCUUGUUCGAAGAUGUUCCUUCUUGCUCAAACAAACUCUAUUUACGAAAUGCUUGAAUUCGCCACACCAAUGUCUGAACUCUGAAGUUUGUGAUUCCAAUGUCUGAAGUUUGUAUUUCAAAAGUAUUUGCUUUGCUUUGUUCCAAGUGGAUGUUUUAAACUAAUAAAGAGUAUGUUGUUAUAACUA